AUGGCGCUCGCGCUCGCCGCCGCUCAGCAGAAUAGCCAGCAGCAACAGCGUGGUCAGUUCUGGCUUCGUUUGCUCCCUGCGGCGUCAAAUCCGCAGUUUCAACAGGUGUUUGUGAAUACCUGUCACAAUAUUCAACAGCAGUUCGUCGCCGCGCUCCCGCCGGUAGACCGGAAUAUGCAACCCAUCCGCGCCGCGGGCUCUUUGAAGAUUGUAUGUCGCUGGCCGGCCACUAGGGCAAUUCUUGCGGGAAUUGUAAAUUUAAAGAUUGGUCAGCCACACGCUGCAAUUUAUUCAAUGCCGCGUUGGCAACCGCCGGCUCCCCCCACCCCUUUUCCUGCUGGGAACCUUCCGGUUCUCAUCGAAUUGAGCAGCGAUGAGGAGGACGAAGAUAAAUAUAAGGAGGAUAAGAAUGCUGUCGUACGGCAGCAGAAUGAGGGGUUUAUACCCAUUGAUCUUGUUGGUGUGGAGGAGGUGGAUCUGACGAUGGUGGAUGAGGAUAGCGAUGAGAGCGAUGAUGAGUUUUUUGAUGCUCCAGCGGAGCAGUAA